GAAAAUUCAAACAUGUCAAGAAAAUGUCUACAAUAGCUCUGCUUUUUAAAUGUAGUGCAAUAUUUUUUUUAUAUUUAACUUUUUACACGUUCUCACCGCAUUAUGGAAUGUAAUACUAACCACCCCGGUGAUCCCAGGAGUAAUAUUUCGAAAUUCACAGGGUAUCACCCUGAUAAAUAUGCCAUUACCGACGUGUCCCUUACCGUAAAAACGGAUGAAGGUCUGACUCCAGGAAGACCGCCGUGCCUGACUCAGCGGACCAUCGGCAAGUACCUGCAGCCGCUGACCAGGCAGCUGGUAGAAACUCCACCAUUUCCAACUAUAGAUGAGAUGCCAAACACAGUCAUCGACCAGAUGGUGAAGAAAGACAAGGCCUUUUGGGUGGACAAGCCUGGCGCCAACGCUUACACCCUCCACGACGCUUAUUACAACUACGGGAUGACCACCGAAAUGGUGAAACCAACUCACCAAGAUGUUUUUCCCCGGUCUUAUCAAUAUGAUCUUGACUGUGUAAGGUACCGUCGAGAGCAUGCUUGUGAUGGCCUGAAGCAGAAGCCUGGAGAACCUAAGAAAGCUGUCGGUCCGCACUGUCGUGACUGUUCAGACAUGAAGGUGCCCGGCCUGACGCCCUUCCAGCUGGCCUGGGCCCAGGACCCUGGGCAGAAACGCUGGCGCUACUACCCCGACCUUACAGCCACGUUGACUACUGAAGAGAUACGCAAGUCUAUGGACGAGGUCGGACGGCCUUUCCAAAAUGAAGCGUGCAACUGGUACAACGAAAACUAUCCCUCUGUAAAGUAUGACUGCAUUAUGCGUAAAUUUUCAAAGUAAAAAACUUGUAGAAGAACUGAAUAAAUUGCUGAACAUAAUA